AAUUCGGUGAGUACGUUUUCUCAGCUUUCCCGUGUCACGGUGUCGAGCGAGCGCGUCUGUCGUCGACGCUCGCCGAGUCCGUCGGUUUUUAUCUAAUCAGUGGAGGAAAAUUCAGUUUCGCGAGAGUGUGAGUACCGGUGGUCGCGAGUGUUCAGUCGUGGCGUGCGUGGCGUGCACGAGAUCGAAAGAGUCGCUCGAGGAACGAAGAGAAAGAAGAAGACGACGAUUCGACGAGUCAGUCGACGGUGUGAGACGAGCCACGGGAACAGACAAAGAAAGAGAAACAGCGGGCUGAGGGGAAGGUAGGAGACACGACCGAUAGAGGGAGAAAGAUAGAGUACACGAAACGAAAUGGUGGAAGUGGGAAGAAGCUAGAAGUGUGUCGGCCACACUAUCUCGAGGAAGGAACAGGGAAAUCUUGCUUUUCCUCUUCGUACGGUUGGAUCGAAGGGGCAGAGGGUGGCUGGGUGGCGAAAAGAGAGAAACAGAGACGAGUCAGCUCGAGAAAGGAAGAGGUAAGCCAACCACGAAGGGUGUACGAGAGCCGUGUGUCUCUCGGCGAGGAAAGAGGUAUUGUGUCGACAAACGAGAGUGCGAGAAAGAGACAGUGCAGUGUGCCGUGUGUAAACAUACAUCCUAUUGCCGUGAGUGCGUGCGCGAGUGGCAAUCAACGACGGCUUAACCAUCGUCGUCGUCGUCGUCGUCGUCGUCGUCGUCGUCGUCGUCUUGGUCGUCUUCGUCGUCUUCGUUGUUGAACGUCGUCGUAAUCGUCUAGAUCGUGCAGAACUACGUGGUCGACGAGUCUCCUUGUAACAACAAGAAAAGAGGAGACGUUUAAACUCGUCGAGGCAAACGUACGAGAAAUCGGGCAACAAACGGCCCCUAGGUACCGUGCGUGUAUCAAUCGUCGCGGUAUUUGACACGCGUAUGAAACUUCAUCACAAAUGACAGUCAAUCGGAUGAGAAGGGAAGUCGAGUGCUGGCUGGAUUCGUCUGUCUAGCGGGCAAAGCGUGACACGAGAUGCAUCGAAGGGUGGGAUACAGCAACUACGACGGCAAGAUCGCCGGCCUGUACGAUCUGGAGGAGACGCUUGGCCGCGGUCAUUUCGCCGUUGUGAAGCUCGCCAGGCAUGUUUUCACCGGCGAGAAGGUCGCAGUGAAGGUCAUCGACAAGAGCAAACUCGACGAGGUCUCGAGAGCGCACCUCUUCCAGGAGGUGAGAUGCAUGAAGUUGGUGCAACAUCCUAACGUGGUCAGGCUUUACGAGGUGAUCGACACUCAGACGAAGCUCUAUUUGAUCCUGGAGCUCGGCGAUGGCGGCGACCUCUACGAUUACAUCAUGCGACACGAUAGCGGGCUCAGCGAGGAGGUGGCUAGGACGUACUUCCGGCAGAUAGUCAGAGCCAUAUCGUAUUGCCAUCGACUACACGUGGUACACAGGGACCUGAAACCCGAGAACGUGGUGUUCUUCGAGAAACUCGGCACCGUGAAGCUUACCGACUUCGGAUUUAGCAACAGAUUCUGUCCUGGUCAGAAGCUGGAGACUUCCUGCGGGUCCCUCGCAUAUUCGGCACCGGAAAUUCUACUUGGUGAUAGUUACGACGCUCCUGCCGUUGAUGUUUGGUCACUAGGCGUAAUUUUGUACAUGCUAGUGUGCGGUCAAGCGCCUUUCCAAGAGGCGAACGACAGCGAGACCUUGACGAUGAUCAUGGAUUGCAAGUACUCGAUACCACCGCACGUAUCCGAGGGCUGCAAGCGUCUGAUAGCCAGGAUGCUCGUUAGAGAGCCAGAAGGCAGAGCGACGCUGAAGGAAAUAGCAGCUGAUCCAUGGCUGGCCAUUGGACCCGACUCGGAGCCGUUGGAGGCGUUGCCUCUGGUCUCCAGGCAACAGGUGUCCGACGAUCAUCACAAUCAUAUAGUUACCAAAAUGGUCAACGGGAAUAUUGCCACCAAAGAAGAAAUUUUGGAAGCCCUCGAUAAGAAUGAGUACAAUCACAUAACGGCGACGUACUUCCUGCUGGCAGAAAGGAAGUUACGGACUCAUCGCCAGGAACAGGUACAGAAGACUCGACCAGAAAUCCUCGAAGUCUCGGCUAGCCGGCAAGAUGACGCGGCCACUAAUAUGCGUACCGACCAAAAUUCAUUGAGCACAGUCAACCAAUCGUUGUUGAGCGUGCCACGGACGCCGGGUGACGUACCUCAAAAUAUUCGAACGCGGAAGUGCAGCAUCGUGCAAGAGGAGGAAGACGAGGACGACGUGUCUUCGUGCUCGGGUCGCGACGAACGCGGUAGCAAUUCCACGUUGAACUCGUUCAACCGUCGUGGAUCUCGAUCAGAGGGUAAACUGUCGCACAUCCUGCAGGAGAGGUUGUCCCAGCUUCCGGAGAAACCGAGCCACAAACCAAUGUCGUCGCAGCGAAUUUCGCAGAAGGACAUCAACGUGGUUAUUGUGACUGCAGACGGUGAUGAGCGACUGAUGUCUAGUCCAAUGAGUGGGAAUAUCAACGAUUCCUCGUCGUCUGUCCAACAAAAGACAGUGGUCAGGCUUAAAACGGGCAACCAGCUCGUGGACAAAGUACCUGCAGCAACGAUGUUCGACUCCACCAGCCAGGAGAACCUGAAGAACCGUUUGGACGAUGGAUCGUUGCCUGGCUGGUCGAGGAAAGGAUCCUCGGAAAACAGGCCAAAGUCGGUGUCCGAUUGCUUGAAGUCGAUGGGACCUGUUCCAAUGAAUAAGUGGAGGAUGGGAUCGCAACAUCGAUCCUCUGCCUCUUCUUUGGAUUUCUCGUCGACAAUGGGUCCGUCGAAACCGUCCGAAACCAGCACGACGACUACCACGACCACUAUUCUCACGGAGUCGUCCACGGUAUCGAUUCCUCUACGACCUUUGAGCGGUCUGAACGAUAACCUAUCGUUGACGCCUAAGUAUAAGACCAUGCCUUCGCCAGGCAGCGCUGGUUCCACGUCUACGCCUUUGAACGAAAUCUUGGAGGACGGAGAUGCGUUACCAGUAUCUGGUAGCGAGAGUAGCGGCUCCAAGUGUCGGGUGGUUAGAAGAACCGGGUACGAACAGAGGAAAAGCAAGUUCCACAAGACACGCACAACCUCCUGCUCGAGUUCGGACGCUAGUGACGAUGACAGUGAGAGUAGAAAGAAGAGGGCGCAUAAAUUGAGCACAUCUUCGAGCAAGUCGAUGUCUUCGAGACGCGAUAGUCACGACGAUUCUAGUGAUUCGCAAGACCCAGGAGGGAGUGGUGGAGGUAGAGGUGGUGGCGGAGGUGAAGGUGGUGGAGGAGGUGGAGGUGGUGGAGGAGGUGUAGGUAACGGAGAACACACAACUGAAACACCGCCGAACGAAACAAGUCGAAAGGAUAACGGAAACAGCACGAAUACAACAACCACAACGACUACGACAACGGGGGGAAGGCAUAGGUGUUCGGAGAACCAAGUUAUAUUCGGUAGAAGGCAUCGCGCAGGUAGGAGAAGAGCCGGAGAAACCCGACUACGCGAGAGUCAAUCUCUGAACCGUAUCACAGAAGUGCAGGAAGCGGAAGGACCCUCGUCGUGUCACAGUCACUGUCACGUGUCCCGCAAUUCUGCUGUUCUAGUAGUUCAAAGCAUGUCCUCGUCUUCGUCUUCGGUAUCUCAGAGCAGUACAGGCUCGCAUGGAAUUCCACAGACGUUAUCUCAGGCGGCGGCGACUGUUCAAAAGGCCAAAGGUUUUGGAGCGAGGCUUUUGCAAAGUUGGUCCCUCAGCACCGGCAAGUCCUCGUUAUCCCAAUCGUCGAACAAACAGACCAACUGCAGUUCCAACGGCAGAUGUAGCAAACAGGAGUCGCCGCGAGACGCGUGUCAAAGGAUCGGGAUGUGCGACGAAAGGGAAUUGAAUGGUUGCUCGGUUAAUCAGGUACCGUCCAACGACAAGGAAAAUAGGAACGCGUCGAUGAAUAGGAACGACUGCAAAAACAGGAAGAUCCGGUUGCUUAGUCGAUAUUUCGCCGUGCAUAAGAAACUCUGUGUUCCUUUACCAGGAUUGUUCGGUAAAGGACGCCUCUAUAAAGCGCGAUCUUGCGGUAGCAUUGCUCGAGAUCGCGUCAGUCCACCGUCACCAAAGCCCAUGUUAUUCUGCACUACAGCGGAUGACAAGUGGCGAGAUCGUAAACAGUGGUGCGACGCGAAGCACCAGCAUCGCGGCAGCGACGGGGAUAUUAAUCAAAAUUUGGGGCUGUCGCAUUUGGUCCAGGAGAGCAUCGUGGGAAAAGGCUGCAGCGCGUUACCUGCCGUCUGCCACAUUCACUUGGGCGAUGCGUCAAAGUGUUGCAGCCUCUGUUGAUGAAUCUGCACGACGAGCAGCUCGAUGUACAAACGACGACGGAAGAAGACAGCAUGGGUCGCGUAACUCUAACCCGAAGUCGUUGAAAUCAUGAUCCAUGCGACUAUGAACCAUGCUUCGUCGCUGUUUCGUCGCUGUUUCGUCGCUGUUUCGUCGCUGUUUCGUCGCCGUUUCGUCGCCGUUUCGUCGUUGUUUCGUCGUUGUUUCGUCGCUAUUCCGCUGCUGGUGAUCAGGAAGCGGUGAGGACUCGCGAAGAGGUGCAACGAGACGUAAGGAGACGGAAUUAUCACGAAGUGCAAUCAAUCUCAUGAUGACCGUUUCGCAUGUAGAGGUGGAAAGCGAGGUAGAAGAGGAAGAGGAGAGGAGAGGAAAAUGAUGAAAGAGAAGGUACGCGAGACAACGCAGUGCGACGUGAUUAAACGGAAGACGAAGAGGAGGAUCUCCUAUGCGCAACGCGUUGUGGUGUUCGUUAACAGCCGCGACCUCUCGGUAGAUUACGCAGCACGCGUCACAAUGGUCAAUGUAUUCAAUCGAUCACGUCACGUCCCCUCCAUCAGACCGACGCUGCAUCAGCAGGAAACCUGAUCCUGUAACCUUUCGAACGCGAUGCGUAGUCGAGAAAAAGACCAAAAUAAUAUUAAGGGUCGUGUCGAAAGGGAGAGAGCGUUAUCGAUCGAUCUUUCGCUCUGCGGGAAGUGUAUCUAGUCCGUAUGAACAAACUUAUAUUAAAUAUUACAGAGUUUAUUACUAUUAUUAAUAUCAUUAUUAAUAUUAUUAUUCUUGAUAUUUUAUUAUUAUGAUUAUUAUGAUUAUUGACUCUAAUUAUUAAUAUUAUCGUCAUUCUUUCGUUUAUUGUAACGCAGACAUUGACCGAAUCAUGCGAGAGUCGCAAGAAGAAGGAUCCAACGUCCAAGAAUGGAUUGACAUUUUUUGCUAUCUUGGAGGAUCUUCUCCUUCGUUCCCUUCGUGUCCAUUUGUUCCCUUUUGUUCUCCUUUAUUUAUCUAUCUAUUCCCUCGCCCUUUAUCCUCCUCUUAAAAUUCUGUUCCUUCCGCGAAUCGCGACUAUUGUACCGAUUUUCCUACAUAUAAAGAAUUAGCAUGCGUUCUUGGGUCUCGCACAGUGGCUCUCCCAAGAGAUGAACGGAAUUCCUUCACGAGGAACAAAGCACACAAGCGAGACCGUAUUUAUAUAUGUAACACGCUAAUCGAUUAGGCUUACGCGUGUACCGUUUCGAUCGAGGAACGUACUCUGUGGUGCUAUACGCCAACAUCUAACGUGACGAGGAAGAAACACCAAGAAAAUGGAGGAUAUCGAACUUUUUUUUCUAACUGUUUUUUCCGACGUUCUGGGGGAUAAAUACCAUAAGUUGAAAUUGAAAGUAAAAUAGUAAAGUGGAAAUUCUAGAAAAAGAGGUGCACAUAGACGAAUAAAAAUUGCUCGGAAGGAAAAAGUUCCGAUACAAAGUGUUCGUAAUCUAGACUCUUAUUUAUAGAAUUUACGAGCGUGAGAAACAAAAUGGAUUCAGUGAAAGAACGAUUGCUUCUGUAACUUCUGAGACAAGGAACAACGGAAGUCUGCAAGGUCUACGAAGUCCGGAGGAAUUAUGUCACCCUUUUAUCGCAAGGGUACAAGAAUCAGCGAGUUCUGCACAUCAAUCACUGUCAAAUCUCUGAACAAGAGACCAAGGUUCAAAAAAUUCAAUAUUCUCGUCCCUACGACGUUAAGGAAUAUCCGUUGUCGAAGAAAACCCGACGUUCAGAUGCCAAAGCGACAAUACGAAGUUUUGAAAAGCCUAACUGAAUAUCGAAAUAUUCGAAACUUAUAAAAUGGACCAUCGAAAGAGAAACAGGAUCCCCUAGGACAGUACUCUGUAAUAGAACGAUGUGCACGAUGUUCUCUUCCCGUCGUACAAUUCAAGAGACGAUCCUCUUCGUCCUUUGAAGCAAUUGGGAGCGAGUUUCAGCGCGCUUGCCGGCUGAGCGCGCGCUUCAUUCUUCGCCGUAUUCAUCAUCAAUGUCAUCGUCAUCGUCGUUGCCGAAUGCGCGCGUUCAUUUCUUGGAGAACGCAGGACAAACAAACACAUGUAUGUUGCUGUGCGAAACGAAAUAUUUGGUAGAAUAGAAGCUGUAGAAUGCGAACCUGCGAUCUAUUAUCCAUGACAAAAUACACUUUUUUCCUGCAUCGAUCGAUGAUGUUAAAAGUAGGUCGGAAGGAACUUGGUCGACUUUGUGAAACUCCGUAGAUCGAACGCGAGCCAUUCGGCAGAACUCUCGCUGAACCUGAGCGAUGUACGUGCACGCGCUUUUCACCCACUUUCUUAUAUAUCUGUCGCGAUGAUUGGGGUGCUAUACUAAUCGAAGAUGUAAACUUGAAAAGUAUUUAUUUUCUUUUACUUUUCUUCAAUUUUUCAAACUAUUUUUAACGUUAGCUACUUUUUUUUUUUUUUUUUUUUUUUUUUGUAGUAUUAGAGAAAGAUUAAGCGUUCAAAAAUUAAACGUUCCUUUAUCGUAAAAAUUGUCAAAGGGAAAGAGUCGAAUGUUUCUGAAAUAUACAUUUCUAAGAUUUAUUACGUGAGCGGUAUUUUUUUAGAAAAAAAUCAUCUAUAUUUCUCUUACAGGACUAUCGAACCCUGAAAGGAUAUUUUAAGCCAAGUAAAUAACAGGUUUACAUUAAUAAAAUCCAGAUUUUAAGUCGCUCGAAUUCAAGCAACUUGGCUAAUCCGAACGAGGCUUAAAGAUUGAUACCGCUGAUAUGUCAAUUCUUACUUGAUCGAUGUUCUCGUAAAAGGAAUUAAUAGGUAGUAACGCUGAAUGAAUAACUGUUUGCUCUAGUUGUGAGUCACUGUCUGUAUCCUCGCCGUAGUAUAUAUUGAUUGGAUCGCUUGUGACACUCAGAAGACAUAUCUAUAACGUUACGUCUACGUUUUUUUGAUACGUAGAGAAUCCGAGGAAUCGGCUUUGCUUUUCUGAAAUUCGCUGCAUACGGCGCAUAACUGUCGUUCCUUGCCACGGGACAAAACUAUUUCUAGAUGCUCGUGAAGCUAGAAUUGAAAUUGAAUAUCACAACAGGGACCACACGUGAUCGCAGUCCAGAAUUCGUCGUCUUAUCGUUAGAAUAUAGAAGAAUUAGUGAUAGAGACAAUAGACAGUUGUACGUGAUGUUCCUUUCUUCUUCGAUUACUCUGCGAAACUUCCAUUUUUACAAUUUUCAAAAUUAAUGCCAGUAAAGUAAGAGUAUCGAUAUCUGCUAGUAUCGAUGAGAAUCCUGUAAUGAAAUAAACUAUUCUUUUUUUUUUUUUCUUAAAAAAUACUGCUUACAUUUAGAGUUCUGCGACGAUAGCAACGAUACUGCAAGUACGUCAUUCAGGGAAAUAUCAACUUUUCAAUCUAAUAUCGUUCUUACGUUGCCCCAAGAUGUCGCAUUAUAGUACGAUGUAUGGUACCGAUCUGACAAAGGCAAUAUUCAAGUUGUAUAUUCAUGCAAAUUUGCAAUUCGAUUUUUGAAAUCCUAAUGGCAGCACCUGGUCGAUCGCGACGUUCUAUGUUUCCUGAGUAGGCCAAGAGCGUUUGUAUGUACCUAAACUAAAUCCGCGCAUAAACUGUAUGUACCGAGCCAGAUAUUUUUUAGCGUAAUACAAUUUAUUUAUUAUACAUCCUAUAAAAAGAAGGAAUGCAAGAGAGAGAGAGAGAGAGAGAGACGAUCCUUUCCAAUCGUCACUGCCGACGAUCGUCGACCCGCUUUAUUCCUCGUUGUAACACUUCUCUCAUCCUCGCCUCGUGUCGUCGCCUCGGGAACGAGAUCGUUUGCUUCCUCCACAAAGACUGAGCAAAUUGUACAAUAAAUUUCCAUAAUCGCUUGGAUGCCUUGUGUCGUACGAUGACGAUGACUCGACGAGACCAAAAAGGAAGAAAAGAAAAUGAAUCAUACUCGAAUAAUGUCUCGAGAAAUCACCGUUCUUCGGUCAUGUUUCGUUGAAAGCGCGACGUUAUCAAACGCGCACCUUACCACGGCUGAAGUGUUGGUUUUAAACAAUAAAUAAAAAAAAAAUAAUAGUAAUAUUAAAGAACAAUAAUAAUAACGAUAAUUUACACUCAACGAAUUUGUUCAUCGUUCGUUUCGAGUCCCAACGAAUCGCGACCAAGGUGUAAACGGGCAUUAAGAUUAUUUCCGUUCAAUGGAAAUUUAAGAAGAAAAGAAAAGGGAAAGGAAGAAAAAGAGAAGAGAGUGUGUGUGCAUGAGAGAGAGAGAGAGAGAGAGAAAGAUAGAAGAAGAGAAAAAGAGAGAGCAGGGAAACCAUGACGCGCGAAUUUUGCUAUUUAGCUAGAGCUACGCGGAACCAGAGUGACAUGCUUCGUUGCCGGGCAUUAUGGGUCACGGUGGUGAAUUCAAGCUUGACCAAUUACACGUAGACAUUCACACACGUAUACACUCUUUCCCUUUGGAACAAUCGUAGAAUGUACGCCGUGUGUCCGUUCAGUUCGAUCACUUUUUACGCGUUAUUAGUGGUAUCUUUGCCAAACACGAGAAAAUUUGAGAAAAGAGUAAAAAAAAAAAGGAAAAAAAAUAUAAUAAUAAAAUAAAAUCGUUGAAUGUAUGCCUGCAGCUGCAAGUAACCUAGCGAAGCGUUGCGAUUCUUGCAUCGAGCUAUCCGCUCGACCAAACUUCCUGCGCGACGCCAUACUGUCCCAAGUGGAUGCUCUAUCUAUGAUAAAUAAGAGGUAUUUUUCGUGUUGUAAAUGAAUCCAUUUAGCGAUACAGCACGAUUAGAGUGCGUUGUAAGAAACGACGAGAAAGAGAGAGAGAGAAUGUGUGUGUGUGUGUGUGUAGAAGGAAGGAAAAUAAAAAUAAGAAAAAACGAUCGAGAUAACGAGGAUUCGAUCGAAAGUGGUGUUCUAGAAAAUAUCGCUUCGGUGUAAACUUUAACGAGGCGUCGUUUUCGCGUUAAUUCUCGUUCGCUAGUCCAGUCGAAGUUGUCCCUGGACAACGCUACGCAUAGAGUACAAUUGUUCCCGUGAUGAUUUUUGUAUAAGUGAACAAAGUAUGUCCCCCUUUUUUCCACCGAUGCUGUACACAUUCAUCAAGCCCCCCCCCCCCAUCUCGGUUUUAAGCGAGAAUGAUAAACGAAGAAAAAAAAAAAGGAAAAAUAAUUAAAAAGAAUAUAUACGUAUAUGUAUAUAUAAGAAAAAGGUAUAUAUAUAUAUACAUACAAGACAAGUGUCUGCUUAAAUUUCGUAAACGUCGGCCCAACUUACUGCCAGUUGAGUGUAACAAACAGACAAAGAAACGAAAAAGAAAAAAGAAAAACAAAAAAAUAAA